UUUUUGCUAGUUUGUCCUGACAACCUCUUUAAUAAAAUUAAGUCUUCCUGUGCAAAAUCAAUAAGGAAAUGCAAAGAGAUCAAUAUUUCCUUCUUCCCAUAUGAGUCUCAGGUAUUUACUCUCAAUGUACCAGAUGCAUUCUACCGCUGUUAUAGUCCUACUCUGGAAAAGACAAAGGAUAAAGAUGCUGUAAUGCAAGUAAUGGCUGAACAAAUUGUUACUUUAUGUGCCACACUAGAUGAGAAUCCGGGAGUACGAUAUAAAAGUGGACCAUCUGAUAGAGCCAGCAAACUUGCACAGCUUGUUGAAAAAAAUCUUGAAGACUACUACAAAACUGAUGAGAAAAGCCAAAUAAAGGCUAAAACCCACUCCCAACUAAUAAUAAUUGAUCGUGGCUUUGACCCAGUAUCCACUGUACUUCAUGAACUCACCUUCCAGGCAAUGGCAUAUGAUCUGCUACCAAUUGAAAAUGAUACUUACAAAUACAAAACAGAGGGAUCUGCUGGGAAUGAACGGGAGGCAAUUCUGGAGGAAGAUGAUGAGCUCUGGGUGAAGAUUCGGCACAAGCAUAUUGCAGAUGUGAUAGAAGAAAUACCAAAACUUUUUAAAGAAGUUUCAUCAAAAAAAAAAGCAACAGAAGGAAAAUUAUCAGUAUCUGCUCUGUCCCAGUUAAUGAAAAAGAUGCCUCACUAUCGUAAAGAGAUUAGCAGGCAAGUUGUCCAUCUUAACUUAGCAGAAGAUUGCAUGAACAAGUUCAAGUCUAACAUUGAAAGGCUCUGUAAAACUGAACAGGACUUGGCUCUUGGAACUGAUGUAGAAGGUCAAAAAGUGAAAGACUCGAUGAGAGUUCUCCUUCCAGUUCUGCUCAACAAAAGUCAUGACAGCUAUGACAAAAUUAGAGCUAUUCUCCUGUAUAUCUUUAGCACGGAUGGAACUACCCAGGAGAACUUGGAGAAGCUGAUCCAGAAUGUACAAAUAGAAAGUGAUAGCGAUAUGAUAAGAAACUGGAAAUACCUUGAUGUUCCUGUUAUCUCUUCAUCUGCUGUUCAGCAUCAAAAGCACCCAAGAAGGGACCGUUCUUCAGAAGAAACUUUCCAACUUUCUAGGUGGACACCUGUUAUCAAAGAUGUUAUGGAGGAUGCUAUAGAAAACAAACUAGAUUCAAAAGACUGGCCUUAUUGUUCCCAGUGUCCUCCUACCUGGAAUGGUUCAGGAGCAGUAAGUGCGCGACAGAAACCUAAAGCUACUUAUCAAGAUGAACGAAAAAGUAGUGCAAGACUGAUUAUAUUUGUGAUUGGAGGAAUUACAUUUUCUGAGAUGCGCAGUGCUUAUGAAGUUUCUCAAGCCUACAAGUCCUGUGAAGUUGUUAUUGGUUCUACUCAUAUUUUGACACCUAAAAAACUACUGGAUGAAGUAAAGAGCCUUAGUAAACCAAAGGAUAUGGUCUGCAUUAAGGAUGAAUAAAAAUGGUGAUGUUUAUGAUGCAUUAGAAAAAG